CUCAGUCCUACAGUCAGUCUUCGUAUUUCGAACAGAGCACACAACUUUGGGGGCUCCCCUACCAACCUCAUUUGGUUAUUUUGCUUUCAUCGCCCACCGAAAGUUCCAUUUUAUUUUAAAGUGCACAGAAUAUUUUCGUUUCUGAAAUUCCAGUGGGCUGCUCAUUUUUCCUCAGUUGUUAUCAAAAUAAUAGAGUCAAUUUCGUCUGCUGCAGCAACCCAACGGAAUGAGCUUUUGAUCCCAUUGGAUAGAUUAUACGACAAAUACGACAAACGACACCGAAGCAAUCAUGAAAUUGGACAAACAAGAAAGUGAAGAUUGUAACGCCCCAGUAUGGCAACAACUACUUCCGACAUCCGUUCCCACGUCAGUGAUUGAGCGGAGCGAAGUACGUGUCAACAUCCCGACCGAAGAACCCACUAGUCCACAUGGCGAUCAACCCAAAAAGAUGGGGAGUUCUUGGUUUCCUUCGUUCGCACCUUCCUGGGCCGAACGACAGAGGUUACAGAAUGGUAGGGAAGUCUUCCGACCACACAUUAACAGCGCGUCUAGCAGCACUGGAUCAACGGAAGGAGAUCCUCGGAUAAAUGCACCAAAAUCGCCCACCGAGAAGAGUUCGUCGAGUCCCCUCAUGAGGUACAGGCAGAAUCGGUGGAGUUCACGUCGAGUUCGAAAGCGCGUUGUGCUCAAAAAUGGCGAAUGCAACGUCGUCCAAAGUAACGUGGCUAAAAGGCGGAGGCGCUACCUAGCCGAUAUUUUCACAACCAUGGUGGAUAUCCAGUGGCGUUGGACACUUCUCAUCUUCACGGCCAGCUUCGUUUUGAGCUGGCUGGCCUUCGCCGUCCUAUGGUGGUUGAUCGCUUUCACUCACGGCGACCUAGAACCCGAUCACCUUCCCGAUAACCAAGGAGCGUCCGGUUGGAAACCUUGCGUUGGAAACAUUCACGGUUUCGCGUCGACCUUUCUGUUCAGCAUCGAAACUCAACACACUAUCGGUUAUGGGUACAGGUACACGACCGAAGAGUGCCCCGAAGGCAUUUUUGUCAUGUGUAUCCAGAGUAUUAUCGGUGUAAUGAUUCAGGCGUUCAUGGUAGGCGUCGUCUUUUCCAAACUGACAAGGCCCAAAAUGCGCGCUCAGACGCUGCUUUUUAGUCGAUCAGCCGCUAUCUGCCAGCGUGACGGGCAACUUUGUUUGAUGUUCCGCGUUGGUGAUAUGCGUAAAUCUCACAUUAUCGACGCUCACAUCCGCGCUCAAAUGAUCCGGAUGCGAGUGACGGAUGAAGGAGAACAAAUGCCUUAUUUCCAAUACGAACUGAAAGUCGGAAUCGAUCACGACGAGAGCGAUCUCUUCCUCAUCUGGCCCAUGACAAUCGUUCACAAAAUCACGCCAGACUCUCCGCUCUACAACGUCUCCGCCUCGGAUCUCCUUAAGGACAAAUUUGAAAUCGUCGUCAUCCUGGAGGGUACGGUCGAGUCGACCAGCAUGACGACGCAAGCCCGCUCGUCUUACCUGCCGUCCGAAAUCAAAUGGGGACACCGGUUCGAACCGCUCGUCUCCUUCCGCAAAGAUACCGGCCAAUACGCCGUCGACUACAGCCUUUUCAACAAUACGUACGAAGUGGACACGCCGCUUUGCAGCAGCCGUGACUUGGAUGAGUUCAAGAAACUCCGCGAUGAGAACCAAUUAGGUAAUGCACAAACAAAGCAAGUGACGAGACCGAUGCAGACAAUGCCUCUGCAACUUACGUUCAAUCGGAAUUUGUUGAUUGAUCCAUCAGUCGUCAAUACUCCAAUGAUGAGAGGAGUUGCCCCUCUCGCUGUGACUCCUGCUCCGCUCACAACUGUCAUCAAUGCCAGCAACGUUAACAGACCAGUUGUCGUGCCAGUGAUGACUACAGUUGAUCCACCGACUAGCGACUCCAUCGCCACGUGAAUCUAAAACUUGCUAAUUAAAAAAACUGAUUCCAUCAUCACCCAGUAAAAUGGGAUGUAGAAAAAAGCCCGAAGAUACUUUUCGCCUUAUAAUAAGUUCUUCGUAUACCGUAAUGUGCAUAUUCACUUUAUAUCCAUGAUAUAUAAAUAUAUAAAUAUUAUGUUCGUUUAGGAUUGAAAACAAGUAAAACUAAAAAAAAAUCUGAAUAUUUUUAUUGGAGCGUUAUGUGCCUUUACAUUCAAUCAUAUCCAUGUAUUGAAAUAAUAGCGAAAUUUGUCUUCCAAAAUGUAAUGCCUUGUUUUGCCUUUGUGCGACUACGCACAACGAACACAACUCGACACUGAGAAGAACGUGUCUUUUUUCAUUAACAAAUGUACACAUUUGUCGGUGUUUUGUUUUCGUAUCGCUCGCCAUAGACCAAUUAAAUAAUAUUUGUAUGCGGAACCUUUUGUUUCAAUACAUUAAAUAUGAAAAUGUACAA